ACCUGACAUGUUGUUGUUUGGGGAGAUUUGAAGUCAUCCUCAGGCUCUGUAGCACCCCGUAGUACUGGAAAAUCACUCCCUCCCUUUUCCUUCAUCCAAUGAGAAUCCUUUGAAUGCGGUCCUUUUCCCCGGCCGAUUGGCGCCCUUUUGGGGGAUUGCCACCAUUGACCAAAUCAUAUUUCUACACGAGCUCGAGGCGUGGCACAGUGCAUCCUAGUUUAUGCAGGAUAACAUAUCUGGGAACCUAUCAUCAAAUCAGUUCGGCUGCUGGCUAUCCAUUUCAGACAGACCUCAGGCUUCUGGCAAUGCGCACCGUGCGUGGCCAACAUGCCGUCGCCGCCGCCGCCGCCGCCCGGGAGGGACGGGCAAAAGUGGGCGCUUGGUUCCCUUUUUACCUCUUCUUUCUUUUGCAUAUGUAUAACUACGUAGUAAACUAGUCAGGAGUAGGAGGGAGGGGAUGGGAACGCCCCGUAGUAGUGGCGCAUGCGGAACUGAAUGAGAAGAUGGAAUUGCGGUCA